GGGGGGGGGCGGAGGAGCCCUGAGGCGGCUGAGGGCGAGGCUGGCGGUGCGCGGCUCCGGUGGCCCCUGAGUUGCGGUUCCCAGCAGGAGUGAGAGGCUCAGGAUGUCGAGGAAUUUCUCUGACACAGGCAGCAGCAGAAAAGAACAUGUUAAAAUCACAAGUGAGCCCAAACCAGGGUUCCUGGAGAAACUCAGUGAGACUUCUGCAGGCAUGUUGAUUGGACUUGUGACAUUUCUUCUGGCUUUCUACCUUCUUUUUACCAAUGAAGGACGAGCUUUAAGGACAGCCAAAUCUCUUGAUGAGGGGCUUUCUCUUGUGGUCCCUCUUGACAGCAUCCACAGUAUCUCCCAGCAGAAUGAGGGGAGACUGGUGCACUUGGCUGGAGCUCUGAGUACAUCUAAGCCUUUGUUUGACCCCAGCUAUGGGCUCUCCAUCCAAGCUGUCAAACUUAAGCGUAAAGUGGAAAUGUACCAGUGGGUUGAAUAUGAAGAUUCCAAGGAGUAUGAGGAGAAUGGUGAGAUUAAGAAAGAGACGAAGUAUUCAUAUGACACAGAGUGGAAAUCAGAAGUUGUGAACAGCAGAAACUUUGAUCGAGAAAUUGGACACAAAAACCCAAGUGCCAUGGCUGUGGAGUCUUUCACUGCUGUUUCUCCUAAUGUCCAGGUUGGCAGCUUUGUUCUUUCCAAGGGUCUCGUGGAUAAAAUUGAUGAUUUCAAGCAGUUGAGCUUGUCACACCUGGAGGAUCCCCAUGCUGAUGUUACCCGAGGAGGAGAUUAUUUCUAUCACAGCGACAACCCCAGGCGUCCAGAAGUGGGAGACCUUCGUGUCUCUUUCUUCUAUGCAGGUCUGAGUGGAGAUGAUCCCCGUUUGGGCUCUGCUGACAAGGUGACUGUGAUUGCUCGGCAGCGAGGUGAUCAGCUGAUUCCUUAUCAUACCAAGUCUGGAGAUGUUCUGGAGAUUCUGUACCCUGGGGACCUCUCUGCAGAGGAGGUGUUUCAGAAGGAGCAUGAGAGUAACACCAUGAAGACCUGGGCCCUCCGUGUAGCUGGCUGGCUCUCAAUGUUUGUGGGCAUCAGCCUGAUGACCCGAAUCUUUUACACAUUAGUGGACUGGUUUCCUGUGGUGAGGGAGCUGGUUAGCGUUGGCCUGAAGGCGUUUGCAGUGUGUGUGGCCAGCUCUCUGUCGCUGCUGACCAUCUCCGCGGGCUGGCUCUUCUACCGCCCGCUCUGGGCCCUGCUCCUCGCCCUGCUCUCUGCUGUGCCCAUCCUGGUGGCCAGAUCCCGUGUGCCACCCAAGAAGCAACAGUGACAAGGAGGUGCUUUGGUCUUGAACUGAGUCCUGGUUAGAACCUUCCCAAGUGCAUUUCUGCCCAGUUCUUGUGGCAAGCUUACAGCAAAUCACAGCUCAGCAGCGAGCACUGAAAGCUGGGGAGGGGGCUUGGAUGUGGUUAUUGGUACACAUUAUCCAUAGGACCAUAGGAUACCGUUUGUGACACCAGCUUUGGGGGAAGAAGCAUUUUGGGUGUGUGUAUUGAUGGUAAAUUAGUGAACAAGCAGAUUUGUACCUCCUACUGCUUAGUAAUUCCCCCUGAUUUUGAGAACGGGCAAGUCCUUGCUGGGUGGGGCACAUUGAGUGUUUUGCAAAAAGUGCCAGCUGCAUCCCAUGGACCCUGGUUAGAUGUCCUUAGGAAAUGCGUGUGCCUGCCUCUCUCUGACAAACCCUCCCUCUGCUGCCUUUUCUUGUUUGCACAGUCAGGAACACUCUGAUGUGUUUGGCAGUGUAUGUGUUCAAAGGGAAAAUGUAGCUUAGGUGAAUUCCACACAAUAUUCAUGCAAGUAAACUCUCCUUUUGGACUGAAGAUGUUCAAAGUCAUUGAUGUAAUAAGUGGCCAGGUUAGCAGUGCUCUGAAGUUGGGCAGAUUUAUCAGGACACAUUGAUUUCCUCCAGGUUUUAAAAGUGUCUGAAGUUGUUCUUGGUUAAGCAUCCAAAUGAUAGCCUGGACUACAUCAUUGCAGAACUGUUUCAAAAAUUUCACUUCAAAUUGCACUUAAAGGGAUGCUCAGAGGUCAUUCACCUGUAAAUAUAAAACCUACUGCCUUGAAACAUUGAUUUUUGUAACUGAAUGUGUAGUCUUUAAAAUAAUUGGGUCUUUUGCUCUGUAUACUAUUCCUUUCUUUCAUUUCACUUAAUAAGGACAAUGAACAUACUCUGUGAAAUUAAAUAAUGGAUACAUUUUUGCCUGAUUAAUUUUCCUAUAUUUUAGUAGCCUAAAUUGUUAGUUUUGUAUCAUGCCUUGUAGUGUUGUGAUGGCUCGUUUUGCCUGCUGUAACAAGUACUUGAGAUUAGAGACACUCUUAAGUGUCUCCACCAAGCUGGAAUCUGGCUUCCAGAUGGGCCCCCCUACACUACUGUGUUUUGGGGUUUUUUUACAAGUAUACACAGUUCAGUACAAAAAUAUUUUCAGUUAUGAAAUCUAUUUAUGACCAUCAGAGCAGUUCUCUGUAACAAAGGACAUUGACUUGAACAUAUACAGAAGCAGACAUUUGAUAGAAACGGUACUGAAAUAGAAAUCUGAGUUAGAAGUCAUAAAUGUUUUGAGAAUUUUAGUCCUAAUUACUUUCAUUCUUUUGGUAUUUGAAUAUUGUCAGUGUGGUCUCACAGCUGUGUCCUGUCAGUGAAAGCAGGAGCAGAGUGAAGGGUGGGUACAGGAGAUGGCCUUGUGCAUGCCCUGGCACAUGGCAGUGCUGCUGCACACUCCUCCUGCUGCUCAGCAACACCAGCUCAUGCUCCAGCAGUCAGUGCUCCACAGGGAGAACCUGGGUUUCAACUGCUGCUGUUUUGCCCAUGAUGAACACUAACCAGCAUUACUUCCUGGAAAUGAAGUGACAAUUUUCUAUAGAAGUGCUGAGCUU